AGUUACCGCUUCCUGUAACAAAAUCUCUGUAACUGAAACGAUUCGCUUUGGCUAUCAGGCAGCACAGCUGUUUUUAGAGGCCGUACAGGUCAUCUAGUGGGCUUAAUCUGAGAAAACAGAGGACAGGAGAUCAGAAAACGGAGCUAUUUAUGCGUCCGUAACCCAUUAAAUACGAGCUCGCCGGUUCUGUCGGCUAACUGGCGGUGUCAGCUAACGUUGGCUCAUUAGCUUUAAUACACAUCCAGAUAUCAGUGCAGUAAGGUUAACAGAAUAGUUAUCAGUAUUUGAUUAAAGCAUUAUAUUAAAACUUCUUUUUAUGCCAUUAGCAAUAACUGACAAUAACGUCCUCAACAAGCUGCAGAAAGAUGAUGGACUUUAUAGCUGGAUGCAUAGGAGGUGUUGCUGGAGUCUUGGUUGGACACCCGUUUGACACAGUGAAGGUCAGGCUGCAGGUCCAGAGCAUCGAUAAGCCGCUUUAUCGUGGAACGUUCCACUGCUUCCAGUCCAUCGUAAGACAGGAGUCUGUGUUUGGCUUAUAUAAAGGCAUUGGAUCUCCCAUGAUGGGCCUGACAUUCAUCAAUGCCAUAGUUUUUGGUGUUCAGGGCAACGCCAUGCGUCUGCUUGGAGAGGACACUCCCGCACACCAAUUUCUGGCUGGUGCCGCCGCAGGAACCUUACAGUGCGUCAUCUGCUGCCCCAUGGAGCUCGCUAAAACCCGUAUGCAAAUGCAGGGCACCGGGCAGAAGAAGUCGUCUUCUAAGAAGGUGUACAAGAACUCCAUGGAUUGUUUGUUGCACAUCUACAGACGAGAGGGUCUGUCGGGCAUCUUCAGAGGAAUGGUCACCACGCUCGUCCGUGAAGCGCCUGGCUUCGGCGUGUAUUUCUGGAGCUACGCCAUGCUGACACAGAGCCUGGGCUGUGAGCCCAACGACAGCUUCAUGGUCCCCAAACUGAUGUUUUCCGGCGGCAUGGCCGGCAUCGCCUCGUGGAUCGUCACUUAUCCCGUAGAUGUGAUUAAAUCUCGGCUGCAGGCGGACGGGGUGGGCGGAGUCAACCAGUAUAGCAGCAUCGCAGAUUGCGUGCGAAAGAGCGUGAGGAAGGAGGGUUACAUGGUGUUCACACGAGGCCUCACCUCCACGCUGCUACGAGCCUUCCCUGUGAACGCAACCACCUUCGCUACUGUCACCCUGGUGCUGAUGUACGCCCGCGGAGAGGAGGAGGGCCUCUAACCUGUAUCUGCAGAGAUACAGGUUAGAGGCACUUUAGAAAUGCAUGAAAUGUCAAGUGAAAGACCCAUCAAUGCUCUAUGACUCUGUUACUGUAGAUCAGACAUUCCCAGCUGUGAGUCUUGGAAUAUCUCGUACAAAUAAGCACUCUUUUGAAGAAGGGAGAAUGAGAUGCAUUUUAUUUUUGUUAACUUAUGUUCCUGUUUGUAACUCCAGAAAUUAAGAAACAAACAGAAUAAAGUCACCUCUAAUGAGAUUAGAGAUAUAUAUGUAACAGAUGUGUAGCUUCUAUUCUUAUAAACUUAAAAAAAAACGCAAUCUUGAUGGUGUUUCAGGGUCGUUUGUACAGUUUGAUG